AUGACCGCGCCGGACGCGAAGUCUUCAGGUUCUUACCUUGCCGCAGGCAUCAACGCCAUCUCGCCCUGGGGCUCGCGCAACCAGACCCCUCAGACCCAUCCCGCCCCCGACGCCGGCGAGCCCCAGCCUCCCGAGCUCAACCUCACCCAGCAGAGCAGAGGCGCCGACCACACCGUGACCAACAGGCAUCGCCUGAGCCUGAAAAAGUACCCGAGGGACUGCCCGCCGCUGAGCGUGCUGUGGUUCCACGCUGUCGACAUCCCCAAGAGGAAGGCCCUGGUCUUCGCCAACAACCCAUCCAAGACAGACAAACCCCCGCAGCCGAAGAAAUGGAACCCCUUCUCCGCCGGCGACUCGCGCGCCCUCGAGGCCACCUUCCAGAAGAUCUGCGACGAGGCUGAGGAGGCCGAGCGCAAGAAGCUGCACGGUCAGGAAAGCAGCCAGAAAGAGGAACCUCGCCAGUGGCAGAUCAAGGAGCGUAACAUCCGCUGGGAGAGAUCGGAGCUGAACGGCGAGCUCAAGGCCAAGGUCCCCGUGAACGAGGACUUCCUCUUCGACGUGGACGUAGAAGAACGGGAGCUGGCCCCUGCCUACUGGAUUGGCGCCGUCUACGAGGUGCGGAGAGGCACAUGGUUCUUCCAAGAGAGCACCACGUUCCUUCGGCCUUGCGACGAGAAUCUGGCGAACCAGCUGGAGGAGGGCUACAUCAAGAUCAAGCCCUGGCGCUUUGCCAACCUGGAACGGCCGCGCUCCGCGUCGCAACCAAAGUCGCGCCCCACAUCACUGCCACCUGGCGAAGAUCCGAACAAAACCGUGAAGGGCAUUUCGAGGUCCGCGACCGUGGCCUCGACCUCUGGUGAUUCAGGACCGGAGUCGGCUCCCGAGAGCGCAGCGCCCGAACCCAAGGACGCACCGGCGCCGCCAGAGCCGCCAAAGACGCACCGGUUGUUCGGAGCUCACAUGAACUCCGUCGUCACGUAUCAGGAUUCUACUACCGCGUGGCUCCUCACCGACGACUUUCUUUCGCGCAUGAGCAGCACCAUGUACCAACGUUUUGCUGGAGGUGGCCAUUUCGCGGGCGUCAAGCUCAUCCGUGGUUACGUGGACCUCAAAGCUGAGAAGGAAAAGGAAAAAGAAAAGGCCAAAAAGAAAUCCCCCAAGGACGAAAAGGAGGCCAGCGCGGACGCCAAAGCUGAGCCCGAACCCGAACCGUCGGCCAAGCAGGAAUCGAAAGCCGGGGAGACGUCUUCUGGUGAGCAGAGUGAAGUCGAAGAAACGCCGUCUCACGCCCAUCGCCGGACGCUCGAGCGCCAGAUGUCCAACUUGAUGGCUUCGACCGACCCCCAGGACCUCGAGAAGCAGGAGGAGGAAGUACGAAAACGCGCCGAGAGGGAGAUCCGUGAGGAUUACAAGGAGCAGGAAGGGGAAGAGCAGGGCCGUGAGAUCGAGCAUCUCCUGCUCGUAACCCACGGCAUCGGUCAACGGUUGGGCAUGAGGAUGGAGUCGAUCAACUUCGUCCACGACGUCAACACGCUCCGCAAGACGUUGAAGUCCGUGUAUGCCGAGUCAGCGGAUCUGCAGGCUUUGAACGGUGAGGUGGACAAGCUACCCAAAAACUGUCGCGUGCAGGUCUUGCCGAUCGUCUGGCGCCAUCUUCUCGACUUCCCCAAGCAGAGCUUGAAGCACAACAGGCGGGAGUUUGAUCUCGGAGACGCUCAUUCCAUCGAGGACGACGAGUAUCCCAGCCUGGAAAACAUCACGGUCGAAGGAGUUCCAGCCGUGCGGAAUCUCAUAACCGACCUCGCCCUAGAUGUCCUUCUCUACCAAAGUCCCGCUUACAAGAGCCACAUAUCCCGGAUCGUCCUCCAAGAAUGUAACAGAAUCUACAAGCUUUUUAAAGACCGCAAUCCCGAGUUCAACGGAAAGGUGAGCCUCGUCGGGCAUUCGCUCGGAUCCGCCAUCAUGUUCGAUCUGCUGUGCCAGCAGAGGGAGGAAAAGGCACGUGGCGAGCGCCACAAGCACCAUCGACGGUCAGAAGAGCUGAAGCUGGACUUUGAUGUCGAAGACUUUUACGCCCUCGGUUCGCCCAUUGGACUUUUCCAAAUGCUCAGCGGCAAAACCAUCGCGGCCCGCAUUUCCCAGAGCAAAUUGCAUCCGGACACGCAGUUGUCGACGGACGAUCCUUUCCUGGCAGACCCGUCGAGGCCUUCGUCCAGCAAAGAAAGCCAUUUCGAAAUCACUACUUCCUCGCCGAGGUGUCAACGCAUCUUCAACAUCUUCCAUCCUACCGACCCGAUCAGUUACCGCCUCGAGCCGCUCAUCUCUCCGGCCAUGUCCGCCUUGAAGCCUCAGCCGCUUCCUUACACUAAAAAGGGUAUCUUUGGCGCUCCUGUCGCUCAGGGUCUCACAGGCAUAGGUGCGCGCGUGGGACAGAGCGUGUCUGGCCUGUGGACGAGUCUGAGCUCGGGUAUCGCGAACAGCCUGCUCAACCGAAGCCUUGGACUUACUGCGGAGGAUGCCUCUAAGCUCGGCAAUCCGAUCGCGAGCCAAUCCCGCGGCCCCCUGUCUGCCAAUGCUGGCAACGGUGCAACCGUUCCUUCGACGGCAGCCGCAGGUGCGUCGCAAGAUGGCAACAGUGCGGCCGCGGAAGCUGCGGGCAUAAGCGAGGAAAAGAAGCGCAAGUUGGCACAGAGUCAACAGGGCAGCGCCACGGAUCCGACGACGACGCCGACGAAGGUUGAAGCCGGCCAGGACGGUCAGCACCCGCCGACGCUGAUCGACUCGGAGAUCGAGACGCUGUACUCCGGUUUCGCAAAGCGGCGGGAGAGCCAGCGCAGCGAUGCCGACGUUCGCGAUCUCGGCGAGCAGCGCGAGUGGCAGGAGAUUGAGGAACGCAGCCGCAAGCUGAGGCGCGAGGAGGCGAAGGUCAGGGCACUGAACAGCAACGGGCGGGUGGAUUACAGCAUUCAGGAGGGUGCAUUCGACAUCUCCCUGCUGGCCAGUAUCGCCUCACAUCUGUCCUACUACGCCGAUGAAGACGUCAGCCACUUUAUGAUCUCGCAGCUGCUGGCACGUCACCGCAUCCUGAAGAAAUCGAGGAGUGCACCGGAUUUCAACAAGCAGUGA